AUGUUCAAUACUCAACCCCAAAAUCAAUUGGGUUUUUCAAUUACUCAAUCCCACUAUCAAUCAAUUAAUUCAAACCCCACAAAAAAUUUUAUCUUUUUUUCACCAAAAAUCAUGUGGAAAAACAUACAUUCAAGAAUCCCAGUAAGUUAUUCUUCAAUAAAGUCACUAUUUUUACAUAGAAAUUUAAUAAAUAGUAUUAAUGGGUGUUCAAGAAAUCUCUUUAUUUUAGAGAAAUUUGAUAGCUUUUCAUCAAUUAAGUCAUACCCAGAUAAGAAUUUUGUAGAAAUCGGUCAACUUGGUCAAAAUUUUGGAUUUUCAAGUGUUGCAGAAGCUGUUAAUGAUGUUGAUGAUGAGGUUAGUAAUGGUGGUGGUGGUGAUGAGGUAAAAAAGUUAUUGAGUGAAAUGGGAAAACAAGACCAAAAGCAGGCGGUUCGAGGGUGGUGGAGAUCGAAAAGGAGUAGCAAUUGGAAUUAUGUUAAACUUAAGCGUAGGCAAGUUAAGAUUGAAACGGAAGCGUGGGAACAGGCUGCAAAAGAGUAUAGGGAGCUUUUGAGUGAUAUGUGUGAACAUAAGUUAGCACCGAAUUUGCCUUAUGUUAAGUCUUUGUUUCUUGGAUGGUUUGAGCCGUUAUGUAAAAAAAUUGAUAAGGAUCAACAGUUGUGCAGGGAUGCGAAACAUAAGACAGCUUACGCGCCUUAUUUUGACUUGCUACCGGCUGACAAAAUGGCGAUUAUUACAAUGCAUAAGAUUAUGGGGUUGCUAAUGACGGGAGGGGAGAAUGGUUGUGCACGAGUUGUUGCGGCUUCUUGUAGUGUCGGUGAAGCAAUUGAGCAGGAGAUAAGGAUCCUCAGAUUUUUAGAGAAAACAAAGACAAAAAAAGCAAAGAAAAAUGCUAAAUUUGAAGAACAAGAUUCUGAUACUUUAAGCAAGGAGCAGGAGGGAUUACAUCAGAAAGUGACCAACCUGAUGAAAAAACAUAAGCUGCAUGCGGUAGGGUGUAUUGUGAAGGGACACGAUGAUUCAAAACCAUGGACACAGGCUGUUAAAGCUCAGGUGGGAAGUCGUUUGAUUGAAUUGCUUUUGGAGUCCGCUUUUAUACAGCCUCCAGCUGAUCAGUCGGGUGGUGAAAUGCCACCUAAUAUUCGCCCUGCCUUUGUUCACACAUUUAGAACUUCAGUGAAAGACGGACAGAAAAACGGAAGAAGACAUGGUGUUAUUGAAUGUGACCCGUCUGUUCGCAAAGGUCUAGAGAGAGCGUCCAAGCAUGUGGUUAUGCCUUAUAUGCCCAUGUUGAUACCUCCCGUCGAGUGGACAGGUUAUGAUAAAGGAGCUUACCUUUUCUUACCAUCCUUUAUAAUGCGCAUUCAUGGGGCCAAACAACAGCGCGAAGUGCUUAAAAUGACCCCUAAGGAGAAUCUGCAGCCAGUUUUUGAAGCACUGGACACCCUCGGAAACACUAAAUGGAGGGUGAAUAAGAAGGUUCUAGCAGUGGUUGAUCGAAUAUGGUCUAGUGGUGGCAACCUUGCUGGUUUGGUCGACCGUCAUGAUGUUCCUUUGCCAGAGCAACCAGAUACAGAAGAUGAAGAACAACUAAAAAAGUGGAAAUGGAAAGUUAAAAGGGUGAAGAAGGAGAACCAAGAGAGAAACUCCCUACGGUGUGACGUUGAACUCAAAUUAACUGUGGCGCGAAAGAUGAAAGAUGAAGCUGGUUUUUUCUACCCACACAAUUUGGAUUUUCGGGGUCGGGCUUACCCGAUGCAUCCACACUUAAACCAUCUUGGUUCGGAUCUGUGCCGUGGUAUAUUGGAAUUUGCAGAGGGUCGAGCUCUUGGGAGUUCUGGCCUUCGAUGGCUUAAGAUACAUGUGGCAAAUCUAUAUGCUGGUGGUGUUGACAAGUUAUCUCUUGAGGGUAGAAUAGCAUUCACAGAAAGUCACUUGCAUGAUAUAUUUGAUUCCGCUGAUAAACCGCUUGAUGGUGACCGGUGGUGGUUAAAUGCUGAAGAUCCAUUUCAGUGUUUGGCUGUUUGUAUUAAUCUUGCUGAAGCUUUAAGAAGUCCAUCACCAGAAACUGUUGUUUCAUAUAUUCCAGUGCACCAGGAUGGUUCCUGCAACGGUUUACAACACUAUGCUGCCCUUGGCAGAGACAAACUGGGAGCAUCUGCUGUCAAUCUGGUUGAAGGAGAAAAACCUGCUGAUGUCUAUUCUGGAAUUGCUGCAAGAGUUCUUGAUAUUGUGAAGAAAGAUGCUCAAUUGGAUAUUGAUUCUUUUCCAGAUGCGAAGCAUGCACGGCUUUUGAUCAAUCAGGUUGACAGGAAGCUGGUAAAGCAGACAGUCAUGACAUCAGUUUAUGGCGUCACUUACAUUGGUGCUCGAGAUCAGAUAAAGAGGAGGUUGCAGGAACGUAGUAAUUUUGGUGAUGAUUCUGAGAUUUUUGGUGCAGCUUGUUAUGCUGCUAAGAUCACUUUAGCUGCACUAGGGGAAAUGUUUGAAGGCGCGCGUAAUAUUAUGAAUUGGCUUGGGGACUGUGCAAAGUUAAUUGCCUCAGAAAAUCAACCAGUGAGGUGGACUACACCUCUUGGUCUUCCUGUUGUACAACCGUAUCGCAUGUAUGGAAGACAUCUUGUUUCAACUUCUCUUCAAGUACUAACACUGCAGCGUGAAACUGAAAAGGUGAUGGUGAGACGGCAAAAAACAGCGUUCCCGCCCAAUUUUGUUCACUCCCUUGAUGGUUCACAUAUGAUGAUGACUGCAAUUGCUUGUAAACGGGCAGGCUUGAAUUUUGCAGGUGUUCAUGAUUCAUACUGGACGCAUGCUUGCGAUGUGGAUGAAAUGAACAGAAUUUUAAGGGAAAAGUUCGUGGAGCUUUACCAAACACCAAUACUGGAAAAUCUGUUGGAGAGCUUCCAGCAGUCCUUCCCUACAUUGGUGUUCCCACCAUUGCCAGAUAGGGGCGAUUUUGAUCUUUCAGAUGUUCUUGAGUCCUCGUAUUUUUUCAACUAAGAACUGCUCAGAACAUAUGCACUAUUCUUUCAUUUGUGUCAUUGGAGGAACCUUUAAAUGACUAAUGUUGUACGAUAGCUAGAAAGAAACAUAUGUAACCGGUGAAGCUGGAUAUAGCAAAUUAUUGAGCAUUGCAGUUGCUUGCAGAGGUACAUAUGAAGCUAAAGUAACGUCAGGAUUUCUUAGUUUGUAUAUAUUCUGUCUAUUCAUGUAUAGUUUUGUCGGUAAACUGAAACUCGUGAAACUUUGUAUACGAAAAUUAUAAUGUAACCAAAACUAGUAGCGAUUAUCAGCAAUGUUAUUCUAAUCUUCAUUCGA